AAUGGAAAUGCAAAGCGUGAUUUAUCCACAUAACUUUGUCGCAUCAACAGGAACAGAACCCCAAAAUAAGUCUGAACCAGUGAUUUAUCCAUCAUGUGACGCUCGCCGGACCAAUCAGCGCUAGACCUCACAGGCCGGAAAUGGUGCCCAGUUAAAUGUCCUACAUUCCUUUCCAAGUGUCAAUCAUAUUUCUGUGCGAUGUCCUUGCAGAAUAUUAAUGUUUUAACGAUGUGCCUGACGGUUUGUUGGACUAUUUCUGCAUUUAUCGGUCUCUGAAAGCUCGUCGGCUCGAACAAUGCAGUGUUUCAAAGCCGCAGAUUGUCCUAAAAAAGAAAAACAAUGAGGCCUUUUCCAGAAAAUGCGGAGGAAGUCUCAGGCUGAGAGCAGGUAUGUCCUCACAACUCCAAGCGUUUUCCUCCCCCUCUGUGUCCUCCAGUGGCCUCUCCCGCUCUAAGAAACUAAAGUUGGAAAACCCUGUGUGGAACAUAAGCAGCCAAUCAGACGAGAGCACCUGCUACCAGCAGAGCCCGAGUCAGACUAAUGGCUCCUCCCCCUCUACAUCCCUCUUCAACUACUCCUCCAGCCUGGUCGUACCACGGGAGCAGACUGUGGUACGUGCCGCCGACAGCACAGGCAGCGUUCCGGAGCCCUCGUCGUCCUCUUCUUCAUCGUCCCUAUCAAGUCGGCAUGGAAAAGACGCGGGCUCCACCUCCCUGGCCUCCGAGGGUAACAGGAAACGGGGCAGUCUGAAGAGGAAGAGCGAGGAGGUGGACAGCAGCGACAGCGUGCAGAUCUUAGAGGAGCUCUCGGCUCCUGUGCUCCCCAACCGUGUUCCCAGAGGCAACGCUACAGCUCAGUCCAUCACUCAUUCCGCGUCUACCACCAAGAGCAGCAACUCUCACAGUGAAGGUGACUAUCAGCUGGUUCAACACGAGAUCCUUUGCUCUGUGUCCAACAGCUAUGAAGUUCUUGAGUUCCUGGGACGUGGGACGUUCGGACAGGUCGCCAAAUGCUGGAAACGUGGGACUAAUGAAAUAGUGGCCAUUAAGAUUCUCAAGAAUCAUCCGUCGUAUGCCCGCCAGGGUCAGAUAGAGGUGAGCAUCUUGAGCCGUCUGAGCACAGAGAACGCAGAUGAAUUCAACUUUGUGCGCUCCUACGAGUGCUUCCAGCACAAGAACCACACCUGCCUCGUGUUCGAGAUGUUGGAACAGAACCUCUAUGACUUCCUCAAGCACAGCAAGUUCAGUCCACUGCUUCUGAAGUGCAUCCGGCCGGUCCUGCAGCAGGUGGCCACGGCUCUGAUGAAGCUGAAGAGUUUGGGUCUCAUUCAUGCCGAUCUGAAGCCUGAGAACAUCAUGCUGGUGGACCCCAUCAGACAACCAUACAAAGUCAAAGUCAUUGACUUCGGUUCCGCCAGCCACGUGUCUAAAGCAGUGUGCUCUACCUACCUCCAGUCUAGAUACUACAGAGCUCCAGAGAUUAUUCUUGGUCUGCCGUUUUGUGAGGCCAUUGACAUGUGGUCACUGGGUUGUGUCAUAGCGGAGCUGUUUCUGGGCUGGCCUUUAUAUCCUGGAGCUUCAGAGUACGAUCAGAUUCGGUAUAUUUCUCAGACUCAAGGAUUGCCAGCCGAGUAUCUCUUGAGCGCAGGCACUAAAACCAGCCGAUUCUUCAACAGAGGUCCAGACUCCAGCUAUCCUCUCUGGAGACUCAAGACUCCUGCAGAGCAUGAAGCAGAGUAUGGCAUCAAGUCCAAAGAGGCUCGCAAAUACAUCUUUAACUGCCUCGAUGACAUGAUGCAGGUCAACAUGACUACUUUGGAAGGCACAGACAUCUUGGCAGAGAAGGCUGAUAGGAGAGAGUUCAUUGACCUGCUGAAGAAGAUGCUAACACUAGACGCAGACAAGAGGAUCACGCCCACCAGGACCCUGAACCACCCAUUUGUGACGAUGGCUCACCUUCUUCACUUCCCGCACAGCUCACACGUGAAAUCCUGUUUCCAGAACAUGGAGAUCUGUAAGCGCAGGUGUACAGUCUUCGACAACAACAAGAACCUGUUCACCAGCCAUAACGGCCCCAGCGCAGCUACCAACCUCACCGUCACCUUCAGCAGUCAGCUAAAUCAGCACAAUCAGAUGGCCUCCACGGGGGGUCAGUCCUUGUCUCUGAGCAGCAACGUUCCUUUAUUGAACUACCAGCCUGGUCUGUACCAGCAGGCCACUAUAAAUAUACCAGGCCUGGCCCAGCAGAGCGUCCCUUUACAAGCUCGCUCCACUCAACUGUGUGCCCAGUCUGAGCCCUUCCAGCAAACCCUCAUUGUGUGCCCUCCUACCAUACAGGGACUGCAGACUUCCAAUAAACAAGCUGGCUAUCCGGUGAGAAUGGAUAACACUGUUCCCAUAGUCCCUCAGAAUCAGUCCACACAACCCUUGCACAUUCAGCCCAGCAUGCUGACACAGUUCCUCCACACAUCACUCUAUCCCCUCCCCAGCCAGAGCGCCAGCACGCCACUGACGGUGGCUUCACUGCGGCUUCCGGCGGCGGGACUGACAGCGCUGGGCUCUCGGCUUCUGGAGAAGAGUCCCGCUAUGCUGCAAGGCUGGCCAGCGGGCACACAGCAAAUCCUCAUUCCCUCCUCAUGGCAGCAGAUGUCAGGCAUGGCCAUGCACAACCCCAGCCACCCUGUGCUGUCCAACUCCCCGCUGGUCUCAGACAACAACACCCAACAGAACACCAGUUGGAGGGGUCGACAUGGAGGUCAGUGUGAUGGGCGGCAGCAGCAGGGCUCUGCACAGGGUCGUAACGCCGGCGCACAGGUCUCACUCACGGGAGCAGUCAGGAGUCACACACAGCAGAAUGAAUCCAAGAAGUCAAAGGGUCGCCGUUGCGACAGCAGAGCCAGACCCGUGUCCUCUCUGCAGUCGGCCCCUUCAGCAUCACACAACUGCGGUGAUGCGUCCCAGCCAAUCAUCAUCUCAGACACGCCAAGCCCUGCUGUCAGCAUCAUCACCAUCCACAGUGACACAGAGGAUGAGGACGACAGAAAGUCUCCACCGGAAAGCGGCAGCUGCAGCAUGAACCAGCGAACCAACGUCAUCAGCUGUGUGACGGUCCAUGACUCCCAAGAUUCAGACUCAUCCACCAGCACUCCCCUCAGCCCCAGACACCUCCCAAACUUUAAAGAGAACUAUGCGCGCUCCUCCAGAUCUCUGGCUGUGGUCAUGCCGUCAGUAAAAUCGCGACUCUGGGAUGAACCUUCGAAAGAACAAAGCAGUAAUAUUUCUGGAAAAUCAAAGAAAGGGGUAAGCUCACAAUCCAGUGGCAACCGGCAUCAAAGGGGUUCGUCCAACAAAAAUCAGCCUCUUAACCUGAUCCAGGCACAGCAGUUAAUGAUGUCAUCUCACGAUCGUGCAGGGGGUGGAUCCUUAAGACGCCAGCCCACCUACCCUCCAACCGGGCCCUCCCACUCCUACAGGCUACAUGAGGCGUCACUCUUUGGUUCCACCUCCAGCCUGUACGCAUACCCCGCCUCGGCCGCUCUGGCCUCCGUGUCUCAAGCAGUGGACCAGCUGCACAAUUCGGCCAGUUCCUCUUCCUCCAGCCGCCAUGCGCGCACCGCCGGGCCGUACUCCACCUCUCUGAGUCUUCUGCAGAAGAACAGUGUGAUUGGCGUCAUGUGCCCGACCUCAGCUGCAUACCAGCAGCAGCUGUCUGCGCAGUCAUACCAGCGUGCUGCAGCUUAUCCCCUCAGUCAGAGAAAACUCAAUCAGUUCCCUUACCUGUGAGGACACGUCUGACAUGUGUGGUUUUAAAUUGAGAUGUCGUUGGAGGUGUAUAGUUUCAUUUCUUUAUUUAGAUUUUAUAACAGCUUUUUAUUUGUUUUAAUCAGUUUCUUUAAGGCAUUUCAAAGCUGCAUAGCACAUUAAAUAGUCUUAACCUACUGUAUAAGAUGCUUAAAUGUCCACAUUUCCCCAAAAAUGCUUUUGUUGAGAAUUACAUCACACAAACUUGAUCAUCAAAAUUAAUGAUCCCGGUAAACAAAUUUUUCUUCACCGAAGUUUCAUACAGAAAAUUAGCAUACUGUGCACAGUAUAUAUAAUUUAUUAUAUACUGCAGGAAUAGUAAGAUUAGCAUCGUGGUGAAUUUAGUAUAUUUGUAGCAGUAUGCAUUAAAAAACACUAUUGGAUAUCUACAAAGCUGAUCAGUCAGUUCAGGAGAAUCCAGAAACAUGUGCCCUCAAUGGUCAGCUAUACUUAAAUGGAUGUAAACCGUCUAAAAAAAUAAUUUUAAAAAGGCUAGACAUUUAAAAUAAGUGUUUAGUUGACAAAUUAAUGUUUUUAGAUGUUUAUCUUAGCUGUCUUUGCUACGUAUGUGAGUCAGUGAGUAAUGACUGCCAAUAUCUCUCCUUUAGCAGCUAAACUGGUAUUUAUAAACUCGAUUAAAAAAAUGUGUUGCAAUGAUACAUAAAUGCUGUCAUUCUAAGAAAAAUGGAACUGAACAGGUCAAACUGUGCAGGACGUGAUCAUUUUAUACCGUUUUGUUCGUGCAAAGAAAUUCCUAAUAUUAUAAUAAUGUUUAUCAUUAGAAUUCAGACAAACAGCUUUUAGGUCUAAUCUAAUCUCUUAUAAAGGUGCGAUUCACAUUUUGCGGAUAAAACUGGUGGAAAAUGCGAGCCGCGCCGCUUUCUCUAUUCUAAUGAUUGUGUGCGGGUUGAACUAUUGCAUAGAAAAUGCGCCUGCUGCAUGUUUACAUUUAAAACGAACUUGCGCACGCAAAAGACGCAAAAUUUGAAUCGGCCCUUACUCAUUCAUUAAAUUACGGUGUAGACAAUUAAUUUAAAAUAGAUUUCCAUCUUUUGGUUUACAGUUGAUAUAAUUAGUUUAUGCAUAAAUUAUCAUGUUUAAAUGUAAACAUUAAUGCGCUAUCGAUUUUUUAAUUUAAUGUGUGGACUAAAAUGUUUUUAUUAGGGCUGUCAAAGGAAUAAUCGCAAUCAGUAAACAUCCAGAAUAAAAUUUUGAUAUGUUUGUGGACUAUGCAUGUUAAUUUUGUAUUUAUAAAUGCAUACACAUAGACAUCCAUGUAUACAUUAUUAGAAAAUAUUAACAUGUGUUUAUUUAUAUCAACCAAUAAUUGAAAUUAUCUAUAUAUGUUUAUUCAUUGUUAUAUUUUUCUUAAAUAUAUUUAUGUAAGUUUUUAUAAAACAAAAAUGUAUAUGCAUAGGAAACAGAUUUGUAUUAUGUAAACGCACACUUUUAAUCUAGAUGCGAUUAAUCGUUUGACAGCCUUUUUUAUUUAACAAAUAAUGAUUUCCUUUCAAUUCUUUGUAUUAGUUUAUAGACAAUGUAUAAUUUGAACUAAAUUUAUUUAGAUUGUACUCGCAUAUGUUUAUAUAUUGUUUUUAUUACAGACAUUUUUGUAUGCUUUUUUUAAUCCAUUACUCAUGAAGCUGAACUAAAGAUAUUUGUCAGUGUGUUUUACGGUGCUGUCAUGAAUUGCUAUGUUAUGUCAUUAUAGCACAACGUAUUGAAAUGUCUUAACACCACGUCCUAACCAAGUACGACACAAAAUUAUACUCUGCACUUUCAGUGUCAGCUCAAAAACUCAUGCAAAGAGAAAGUUUUAACCGCUGAUGUCGCACCUGGUUUAAGACAUGGCCUUGUGUAGGAACCUACUUGUGAGCACAGAAAUACAAGUGAGACUUAAAUAGAUGGUUAACAUUUUAACUGUUCAUCUUGGUUGAUCUUGUACCUUUCAUAAAUCGCUUUGUGUCAUUCUAAACUUGUUGGAUGUUUUUUCUUGUGAAUUUGCCGGGGUUUUACUGAAGUCUUCGCUUUGGUGCAGUGAUGGCUGGAGUGGAGUGCCGAAUAGACUUCAUCACAAUAAACUUCAAUCCACAACA